AUGGUGAAGGAGACGGAGUACUAUGAUCUAUUAGGAAUAAAACCCGAGUCUAACGCUUCGGAGAUUAAAAAGGCGUACUACAUACAGGCGCGGAAGGUCCAUCCGGACAAGAACCCUAAUGAUCCCGAUGCUGCCGCCAAGUUUCAGCUACUGGGGGAGGCGUACCAGGUGCUGAGCGAUCCGGGGCAGCGCGAGCGGUAUGACGCGUGCGGCAAGGCGGGCGUGUCCACCGAGGCGAUGGUGGAUCCAGCCGCCAUGUUCGGAAUGCUGUUUGGCAGCGAGGCCUUUGAGGACUACGUGGGGCAGCUCGCCAUGGCCACCGUCGCUGGGCUCGCUGCUGACGCGCCCACCCCCUCCUCCGCCUCCGCCUCCGCUGGUGGUGGUGCGGAUGGUGGCGCCAGCAGCAGUGGCGCAGCGGACAUGGCGAAUGGCGGAGCGGGGGGCCGGACGGGGGGUGGAUACUGUGGAGCUGCAAGCGAAACUCAAGCAUAUGAUGUCGCACAGUAUGCCUGUUUUCGUCUUGGCUUUUGGUCCUUAAUCUCUCUAUCACUAAUCCCUCUACUUACUAUCUCUCCGACCCUCCCUCCCUCCACCCUUGCCCGACUCCCCCUUUCCCAACCUCCGUCCCUCCAUCCCUCCCUCCGUCCCUCCCUCCGUCCCUCCCUCCAUCCCUCCCUCCAUCCCUCCCUCCAUCCCUCCCUCCAUCCCUUCCUCCAUCCCUCCCUCCGUCCCUCCCUCCGUCCCUCCGUCCGUCCCUCCGUCCCUCCCUCCAUCCCUCCCUCCCUCCCUCCGUCCCUCCGUCCCUCCGUCCCUCCCUCCCUCCAUCCCUCCCUCCAUCCCUCCCUCCCUCCCUCCGUCCCUCCGUCCCUCCGUCCCUCCGUCCCUCCCUCCCUCGUGCUCCCUCCUUCCGUCCAUUUAUCCAUCCGUUCGUCCGUGCAUGGGUGCAUGGCUGGGUGCGCGAGAGCAGGCGGCGCAGGACCAGCGUAUAGGCGAGCUGGUGGAGAAGCUCAAGGCGAGGCUGCAUGCUUUGAGACGUCUCAAAACACCCUCCCUCCCGCCCUCCCCCCCUCCCGUCGUGUCACUGCUGGGCGAGAGCAGGCAGCGCAGGACCAGCGUAUAGGCGAGCUGGUGGAGAAGCUCAAGACGAGGCUGCACCUGUACACUGCGAGCGGCAAGGACGAGUUUGUGCAGUGGGCGGAGGAGGAGGCUGAGCGCUUGUCUCAGACUGCGUUCGGAGAGCACAUGUUGCAUAGCAUAGGGUACAUCUACCAGCGGUCGGCAGCGAAGCAGCUGGGCAAGAACCCUCUGCUGCUGGGCGUGCCCUUCGUGGGCGAGUGGUUCCGAGAGCGCGGCCACCGCUUCUCCACCCAGGUCUCCGCUGCCGUCGGCGUGCUGCAGCUGUACCAGGCGCACCAGGACAUGCGGCGCAAGGUGGAGGAGGAGCAGAUGGACGAGGAGGCCAUGGCGGCGUUCCUGGAGAGCCGCCAGCAGUCGCUGCUGGAGUCGCUGUGGAAGCUCAAUGUCAUUGACAUCGAAGGCACUCUCUCCGCCGUGUGCCAGCAGGUGCUAGUGGAGCCGGGGGAGAAGAAGUCCAAGCAAGAGCUGAGGGCCAGGGCUCUCAAGAAGCUGGGCCAAGUCUUUUAUAAAAAGGCAGUGCAACUGAAGGCCAAGUCACGCAGUGCUGCUCAGGCUACCAGAAUUGGCUCCAGCUCACGAUCAGCCUCACACCGCCACGCCGAGAGUUGGUCCGGUGAGCCUUCCCAACCAGCAGGCGCAUCUAGCAGCACUGAGAGUGACACGCCGCCCCCUCCGCCCGCACCCAACCCCACGAGUCGAGCCGACCUGGAAAAGAUGUCAGUGGGGGAGCUUAAGAGGUUCAUUACAGGGAAAGGAGGGGAGGUGCGUGGGCUGUUGGAGAAACAAGACCUGAUUGAUGCGGCUGCAGCACUACUCUGA